AUGGCGUACGGUGCUCGUACUCCCGCCCAGUCGCAGGGUCGGCAGCUCCUUGGGCUCCGCCUGCAUGCCAGGCUGAAAAAGAGGACAAAGACAGACUCUCGCUUCCUGACUGGCUGCUCGAGGCCAUCUCCACGCCUGUCUAAUAGGCUGGGGAACUCUAGCGAGCGGCCCGUCAGCUCACUAGUCGAGCCAAAAAUGCCCCCAAGUCGCCUCCACUACGAGUCUAGUCAGAGUCCGUUGGAGGGCUCCGUCGUUUCUCCCUUUCUUUCUCUUUUCUUUAUGUCUGUCUUCCUGUGGGUUAGGAUUGUUCUACUCAAGCUGGCCCUCACCGGGAAUCUUUGGACAGGGGGGUUUUCGGGCUUCUGCAGCUGUGAAUGGCGGAUUAAAUAUAAAGAAUCUAAACGGAAGAUGCCUUGA